GCCAGUAUCUGGUCUCCUUUCCUCUCCACGCAGAUACACGAAUGUCUGUUCCGGUGAAAGCCCUCCACGGUGCGCGUGCGUGCGUGCGCUCAGGCCCGCAUACCAAGCCGUGCGUCUGGAGAGUGCUCGGUCAGUUUUCCUGUCAGCAGAACUGCUUUGUUGGCAGGAAUAUGGACGGAUGUUCCCGUCACGAGUUGCAGAUCUUCGGCGGAACGCGGAGCGCGCGCACGGGUGCUCUCAUCCCCGAAUAACCCGUCUGUGGGCGAGCGGAGGCCAUGGCGCGGUACCUGAGGUACUUCACCACGGUGGGCGACCAGCAGCCGGUCCAGCUGGAGGACGAGGAUCUGCACGUGGACAGCGAGGAGCUGGGUCCGGCCACGGGCCAGUACCCGGAAAACCUGAGCUUCAAGGACUCGCUGAAGAGGCUGUACACCUCCGACCGCUUCCAGCUGCUCAUCGACCUGUCCGUCAUCAAGCUAGAACAUGGCCACCUUGCUCCGGAGAUAUUCCACUACCUGAGUUUGGCCCUUCUCACCUUCUUCAUGGUAGAACUUUGCGGGAAGCUGUUUGCCUACCAGCUGGAGUUCUUUCAGCACAAGUUCGAGGUGUUCGAUGGGUUGGUGGUGGUGGUGUCCUUCGUUCUGGACAUCGUCUUCAUCUUCCACGAAGAUGCCUUCGAUGGAAUGGGUCUGCUUAUCCUGCUGCGACUCUGGAGGGUGGCCAGGAUUAUUAACGGGAUCCUGGUGUCGAUGAAGGCUCGCGCCGACCGGACAAUUCACAAGCUGAAGCUGAGCUACGACCACCUCGUCGUCAGAGUCACGGAGCUGCAGAAGCGCACCGAUGAGCUGACGCAGGAGAACGAGAAACUGCGAGCCCUCCUGACCAAACACAACAUCGAGCUCUAAUGCACGCGGAUAGCCAGAGCUAGCCUCUUCAGCCUGUACAUACCAGCGAAAUGCCUGAUCCUAGCGGCACCUGUAUGCGUUGUAAUGCCUUCACCACACGGGGCAUCUUUUCCUGAACAUAUACGGGUCUAGUUGGAUGUCACCAAUGAUUGGUUUCAUUAUUGUUACCGCAAAUAUACCAAGCCUCAUGGAAACUGCUAACCUCUUAUGAAUGUAUAUUUUGAUCAGUCUGAUAUAUAGAGUUCAUUUAUUUUGUAUUGACACAUUCAAAUAAAACAUUUCAAAUAUAAAUAA